AUGGUGUUUGAUGCAGAAACAGUUGAGUUACCUGGUGGCAAGGAAGAAACAAAGGUUAGGGUGUUAUUUAUGAAUCCUACUCACAAAUCCAUGGUACCCUGCCCUUAUUUUUUGGAUAGCAAAUGCAGAUUUGAUGAUGAUGCUUGCAGGUUUGUUCAUUCCACAUUUUCUUUUAAUCAAAGAGAAAAUACUUGUGAUCUGUCCUUGUAUGAAAAGUACAUGAAGGCCAGAUUAGAAUGGUUUUUUUUGGCAGGUAACAUGGGCUGGUUUUCUAGGUCUAUAGACCAUGAUGCGCACACUUUUGUUGUUCAUUACAAUACAUACAACUCUGAUGCCACGCUUCAUGUAGAUGCGAUCCUUCCGUUAGAUCAAAGAGACUCAGAGAAUGUGUCAGACAAUGAUCUUUCAAGUUCCAGUGACAGUGAAGAAAGUAGGCUUACUGAAGACAUUGAUGAAGAGGACGUAGCAGUAGUGAGGUUGUCAUGGAAACCAUCAGGGGGUCCUGUGUGCCUCGGAGAAUGGGAACAACACACAAAAGGGAUUGGGUCAAAGCUUAUGGCCAAGAUGGGCUAUAUAUUUGGUAAAGGCCUGGGAAAGGAUGGAAGUGGCAUAGUGGAACCAGUAGAAGCAGUUGUUUUACCUCAAGGAAAAUCCCUUGAUAAGAUUGCAGAACUUAGAGAAAACAAUAAACUACCUAAGCCAGGAAGAAAGAAAAGACAGAGACAAAGAUCAUCUAAAGUGAAAAAUAUUAAAUUGCCAACAGAAGGCUCAAGUGGCGACAUUUUUGAUUUUAUUAACACAAAACUUGGGGGCAAGAGAGGAAAUAUUCAUGACAUAAGAGUACCACUUCCUGGAACAAGUGCAACUGACUUUCAGGUUAAAGAAACUGGAAAGAAAAAGAAAGGAGAUGAUAAAAAUAUAAACUGGAAUUUACAGCUGUUCAAGACACAGGAGGAAAUAUCAGCUGUCAAGAAGCAGCUAAAGAAAGAGGAAAUGGCUCUAGGCAGACAUGAAGAAAAGGAUGCCAAAGCAGCCUCACAUUUUAGACAGAAAGUCACAGCCAUCAAGGCACAUUUAUCACAGUUACACGAAAGAGAGAAAGACAUACAACAGAAGCUACAUCAUAAAAAGAAUCACAGAAAACUCACUGUAUUUUAGCUAGAAAGUGAAGUGUACAAUAAAAAGCAUGGUUUAAAAUUUG